UUUUCUGCCAAAAUUUGGACAUGUCUACACAUAACAUUUUGUUUAUUUUAUAGAAAAAUAAAAUUAUUUAAGUAUACUUAAUGUAUUGGCCACCUGUGUAGAUAAAUUGUAAAUGUUUAAAGUUAUUAUGGGAAAGCUGUGCAGUGGUAUUUGUUAUAGUUAGAUGCAGACCGCCAACAGUGGAGUAUGGACGGGGAUGGCCAGAGCAUGCUGGCUAUAGUCCAGAGCCUGCGCGACGCUGGGCUCGUGGUCACGGUCGUGGACGGGAAGCAUGGCGGCAACAGCGCCACAGCUGUCCUUGCAAUCAACGCCAUCAACCCUCAGCAUCUUGAGCGCCGCUCACUCGGCAUAAACACCAGAUUCAAAUCUAUACAGCAUUCCAGUACCCAGGCAAACGACUUGCGGUAUGCAACCGUGUAUCAGCUAGCCCACUGCGGUCGAAAGUCUGCAUCGCCAUCAGUCCAUCUACCAGAGUUUCCCCCACAAAGAGCGGCACCUCAUUUAACUGAGGGUAACUUCGUAGUCCCAGGGUGGAGGGGCAGCGAGUGCCAGUACACGCCGGUGAGGAGCACGCGUUCCUGCAGAGGAAAUCUGCAUUGGACUGAUAGAGUGGGUUCUGUAUACCGAUCCGAGGAUACAUCAGCAUUUGCUCACUCUCUCCGCAAGUACCCGAGCCUGUCGCCCAACAGGUCGCUGUCCACAGAACUGGUACAGAGGCUGCUCACUUACACACAGAAUAAAAGCUUUUCUAAAAGCUCGUAUCACACACGCAAUGUCCGCGAGUCGAGUCCAGCUGCCACAAAACCUGAAAAAACAGACAAAUGUUCCAAAAACGUCCAGACUUGCACCAGAACGAAACCAGAAAGGACAGACAAAACAAUAAAUACGCCCUACGAGAUAAAAUACCAAGGAAAACCUAGGGAGAAAAGUCGACACAGCUUGAGAGACAAACAUCCAAGUACCGCGUACGACUAUUUGCGAAGGACCAAGCCUCGCGGAUGGAACACCAGAGGCACCGAAGUGCGAUACCUCACAGACGUCACGAAAUACAUCAAGGACGCCAUCCGAAACAUCUGCGAUGAAGUUCCUAUGAUGUGUCCGAGCGUGCAGACCAGGUACAGCCACCACAGAAGGAUGCAUCAUUUGCAAACAAACGGACAGUCGACUUCUACAAACAAAGCGGAUACGGAAGCUGCUGCCGAUGUGAAAGAUCCAUGCGGCACGCUACGAUGUGGUCCUCCAAAUAAUAUAUGUCCAAAGAUUCAAACACGUUACAAUCAACACAAGAAACACCAACACAGCGGACUAAAGUCGUGUUCUGACUUCAACAACAUUGAAAUUCAAGCAUGUCCUCCACCUGUGGUCCGAGAAGCAAGCGUGAUGACCAAAUCAAAAUCAUCAACAGCUCUCCCAAGCACAUGUCCAGCAUCUGUCAAAACUUGUUGUUUUUGCAAAAGACCCCUGCCCUGCAUUUGCAAAUCAGAAACAGGUCGUAGAAUCCAAAAAGAAGUACUCGAUUGGAUUAAAGAGAUACCGGUGUACUCCGAUGACACAAAGGACAACAAAUACUUGCGCUGCAUGCUGUCGAAAAAGUUAAUAGAGAACCUACAAAAGAUGAUAAAAGAUGGUGAUUUCGGAAAGAUAAGAGAAGAGAUCGAUAAAUGUUUAAACGUGUUACCAAUGUGGUGCCCAGAGAAUGAUAAAGAUAAAACUAUAUUUAAGAAUCAAAUAGCAGGAAACUUAAUAACCAGAUUGAAACAAUUCAUGGAAAAGGAUUUAUUUAAAGAGAAAAUUAUUUCAUGGUUUAAUGAAUUGCCUUUCAAAGACCAAAUAAAACCCGAAGAUAGAGAAAAAAUUAUUGAUAAUUUAGUAAAGAGAUUAAAAGCUGUUGAGAGAGUAUCGAAUGAUAAUGCUUAUAAAGAAGCAUUAAAAAAUGAAAUAAUAAAAGUUUUGAGUGAUAUACCAGGAAUUAAUAAAGAUGUUAUUACGCUUAUGGCAAAUAAAUUGGCUGACGAUUUGGUACCCCUUGAUACAAAAGAAAAUGCACAAUACAAUGAAAUUCGUAACAAAAUAUGCGAAUGGAUAGAUACUACGUCAGAAUUUACCGAAAACAAUUUUUACGUUAAGGAUAAUAUCCAAGUUAUUGAUGAUUUAUCAAAAACACUCACAGACUUACAACAGAAUGUUACGGAUGGAGAACAUGUAAAAGAAUUAAUGAAAAAAGAUACUGAGAAUUGGUUACAAACUGUCUACAAAAAUAAAAAUAUUCUUCUGGACAUAAACACCAAAAAUAAAUUAGCACAGAAGUUAAUUGAUAAAUUAUACCCAACAAAACCGAAGAGCCCUUCUGAUCAAUAUGUUCAAUCUAUUUUUGACUGGCUUAAGGAUACUCCGGAAUUAUCAAAGUUUCUUAAUGAAGAUCUCUUAGUAGCAAAAUUGGCCGAAGAAUUGCAAGAGUUGAAAAUGAAAGGAUAUGAUGAUGACGCUUUGCUUGAAGUAAUAGAAGAUUGGAUUAAUGCUCUUUGCAAAAAACAUGGUAUAGAUAUUGACCCGAAAGUUGUAAGAGAACUUGCAGAAAAGUUAAUGGAUAAACUUAAAUUAAGGAAACGAAAACCUCGAAAACUAGCAAAAAAUUUUCAAGAAACGAUAUCUGAAGAAGUAUCCCGUAUAUUAGAAACUGAUUCUAUACCUCUAAAUAGUAAAGUAAAAAAAAAUUUACAGCACAAAAUUACUAAUAUUUUAUCUAAUAAUAUAGAAAACGUUUUAUCAAAUGAAACAUCGAAUGCUAAAAAAGAUUUAGUAAAAUUAUUGCAACAUGAAGGUAACAUGACACCCGAAGAAGCUAAAAAUCUAGCUGAUACCGUCAUCAAUUCUACUAAAACCAUGCCUAUAACUGAAGAGCAAAAGAAAUCAGCAACGAAAUCCAUAACACGUGAGGUCAAAGAAGAAAGAGACGAAACAAGAAAAUCCGCUACAGAAUAUGAAGAAGACUCAGUAGCAAGUAUUUCUGACCUCUUACCAGAUGAAAUGAUACGUGGGACUAAAGCGCAGACUAUAAAGGAUAAUGGUUACAUUUUAGACGAAACUACAAUUCCAGAUGAGCAAACUGGAGAUGUUUCACCAAAAUUUACUAAGCGAACAAGGGAAAUGUCUUUAGAACCAACUCGUCAAGAUUUUACUAGGAGUACUAUAUCCCCACGUCAUGCUUUAGCCUUAGCGCCUAAGCAAAAAGAAAAUUUAAGACAAAAUGUGGAGAGAACAGUUUUUGAUUAUAUUGAUGAUAUUUUGGUUGAAUUUAGUCCUAGCACCAGAGAAAAUAUAAGAACAAAUGCAAAAGCUUUUAUUGACAAUGUAUCACAAUUACUACAGAAUAAUAAUGAUAAAGAAUCAGUGCUUAAAGAAGUUCAAAAUUUUUUAAACAGUACACCUGUACCAUCUAAUACUACACAGAAAGAGUUAGCCGACAAAUUAACAACAAGAUUGCUCGGCUCCGGUUUCCAAACAUCAACACCUCGUAGAGAUUUUUAUUUUCAACCGAGGCGCCUUACUUUUGAUACUUCUUUGCCGUCAAUCCAUUUUGACGAUAACUCUCUUUUAACACAACAACGAAUGCCUGAGGAGGAUAAAUACAGAGAAGAUUUGACAAAAGUUGUUAAAAGUUGGCUCGACAAAAUGCCGUUAAGUUUAAAUGAAGACGAGUCUAAACGUUUCAAAGAAAUAGUUAUAAACGAUUUAGUUGGCGAUAUCAUUGAUAGACAGAAAUAUUUACAAUUGAAUGCGAGUGUAAAACCUUCAGAAAUUGAAGAAUUGGAGAACCUUAAAUAUCAAGUCUUUCGUUGGCUAAACAAAAUCAUGGAUGCACGAGAUUUUGAUAUCGUGUUACCUCAAACAGAAGCAUUAAUGAACUCUGUUAGAGGAGUAGCCGUGCCACAAUUAGCAAAACCAUCGGGAAUUAGACAACAUGUUAAGAAAUCUGAAGGACAAAUACCUAAUUAUUUAGACGCUUUACAAGAUGAAAUAUCAGUAUGGGUUGACAACAUUCCAAAGUAUUUACACCAGUCAACUGAUAAAAAAUACCAAAACCAAAUGAUUAGUGAGCUAGCCAAAAAUUUACAACACGUAGAGGGUGAAAACGUAGAUUAUGUAAUUAAAGAAUGGUUACAGAUUUUUUUUAGAUACUCUAGUCAAGAUGAUAUAAAUAAGGUAGCACAAGAUCUAAAGAAAAAGAUAACGAGUAAAGGUUUUUCCAAAAACCUAAGUUGGAUGCUAGAACAAGAUUCAAAUGAAUUUAUAGAGGAAAACUUACAUGGAGGUAUAAUGGACUGGCUAAAAGUAUUUCCUUAUUACCAAUCAGCUAAUGCACAGGAUAGAAACACCCAAGAAAAACUUGUAGUGAGUAUGGCAAAAGGACUAACAAACGUGUUUGAAACUGCUCUCACAACAUCACUAAAUAUAAACACCAAUGAACUUUUCAUAAACGAAAUAGUCAAAUACCUUCAAAAGUUUCCUAUGGAUGCAAAGAAAAAAUCAGAUCCAAAUUUCGUAAGGAAUACAGCUAAACUUCUUUUACAGCAUUUAAAAGAACUGCAAAUGUUUCAAAGCAUUUCAGCUCGUCACGCAACGAUUCGCAAUGAUCUUGAUAAUAGCAUCGACGAGUGGAUCAAUUCUCUGCCGAUUGUUGACAAACAAAACAGAGAUAGUAGGCAGUUUGAAGCCUUAACAAAACAAUUUAAACAAAAUCUUAAUAACCUGAGAGGAGAUGAAAAAGGUUUAAGAGAAGAAAUAAAGAAACAAUUAAAAAUCUUACCUAUAGAUCCUGUAAAGCUAAACGAGGAGAAUUUUUUAAAUAAAAAGGUAGAACAGUUAUUACGAAACAUACAAGCUUCUGAGGUAGAGGAAGUACCUGAUUCUCUAUAUGAAGAUAUUUUACUUGACAUAGACUCAAGUUUUGGUCCUAUACAUACUGAAAAAAGGGCUGCAGAUAUUUUAUCUGAGAAUAUUAGCAAAUUUUGUGAUAGUCUAUUAUUUGAAAAAGGAAAAUUAUCCAGAGAAAGCGAAAAAACUAAAGCUAUGAAAGAACAUAUCGCUAGAAAAUUAAAGAACACAAUAGAAGAGCUCAAUAUGAACCCAAAGGCAAUUAAUGACGAUUUUCUUUAUACACAUAUCUUAGAAGAAAAGUUGGAUAAUUUGAUCAGUAUUUCACAACCUAGCAAAAGUAGUGAAGGUACUAUAAAUGAACUAAAAAAGAAUUUAGUUAAUAAAGUUAAAGAAGCAAAAGAUAAUGCUAAAAGCGAAUUAGCUGGACAAAUUUACAAACAGCAACUCAGAGACACUAUAUCGAAAACAUUACCUACAUCUGAAAAUUUGUCACCUGAAGAAUAUAAUUCUUUUGAAGUUGUAAAAGAUAAUGUAGCUGAUGCUUUCAUAAAUUUACAUUUUUAUGGUGGCAACCCAGAAGAAAGGGAAAAAUACAAAAAUAAAAUAAAUAAAGAAAUUUCAAAUUUCUGUAACGAUUACCUUAAAAAACAUCCUACUACACCAAUUGAGCCCGAUAAACUUAGUAAACAACUAUAUGAAAGGCUCAACAACGUGUCUUUCUCAAGCGAAGAUUCAAUUCGUGAUGAAGUGGAGGAAACUAAAAUCAAAGAUUUUAUCACUGAUUACGCAAACAAAUUACCGCUAAAUCAAGAAACUCCCGCGGAGGCACUUCAAGCAUAUAGAGUUAUAUCACUAAUGUCUAAACGAUUGCACGAACUGGAGAAAGAGAAAAGUUCGCUUGACGACUAUGAAGGAACAUUAAAAAAUGAAAUUUUAAAAUGGACUAAGAAACUUCCUUUGAAAUAUUGGCGGGACGAGGAAGUCAGUGAUUUCGCUGAAAAAUUAAUUGAUAAGUUAAAAAGAACAGAAGCUUUGAGAAAAUUUAAUCCAACAGCAAUGAAUACUUUAGAUUUUGACCAGAUGAAACAUCCAGUCCCACCCACUAUAUCACAGGAGCAAGAUCGAUCGCUCCGAGUUACGGAUAACCUGACACCUCGGAUCCCUCCAAGUACUCUCAGUUCAGAAGACCGUGACCAUCUUCAAAGAAUAAGAGAAAGAUCCAUCUCUGAAAGACGACCAAGAACUUCGCCAAUUCGAAAAGAUGCAGCCAUUAGUCCAUCGCCAGUUGACGCUGAAAGUCAAACGGAGAUAAGAUCCUGGGAAGAACGUUCAAGUAUUCCAAGAAGUCCAUCUAUUCAAGCGGCCACUCAAAUAGAUGAAGCCCCGCACGUCUGUCAGUCACCCAUAUGCGGUCUUCGCAGACAUCGAGUCAGCCUUCAAUCGGAAACACCCUUUUGCCCUAUAUCGCCAGAAAUAUGCAAUAAAGAAUAUAACUGGUCAAGAAAAGGCCAGAAGGAACGUCUAUUGCCUUGUGACCUCAUCCAACCCGAAACUGAUCCCCAAGACUUGAGGUCAUCUAGUUGUGAAUGUCAGCCAAGAUUCAUUCCAUAUAGUUUCUCACCAGGGCGAAGUUCUGCGAUACCGCGAACCUGUAUGCCUCCACCAAGACCUACGCCUAAUAGUAUCAGACCUUUCCAGUGUAAUUUACCGGAGGAUAUGCCUGCUAUUGCAAAAAGACAGAAACGAAGAGAUCAAUCUCCACCCAGACGAGAAGAAAGGUCAAGAAAAAUAGUUCGGCCACGAGGUACUGCCCUUGGAUCAUGGGAAACUGCUCAAGCUGCCAGCAAGAGACCAGAAAGACAUGAACAGGCGUAUGGUAUUAGGAAUUUUCAUGACGGUCCUCUAUGUAGUACCUCUUCUAGACGUGAAGUGCUGAUCUCUGAAGAUGAAUUUGAAGAACAGGAUACAAAAGAGCCCUACAAAUGCGGAUGCAAAGAGGCAGGUUUGUCUAAUAUGUAUGGAAAGGAGCGAGGCCCCUCGUGCAGGGACGAGUGUAUGAGGCGUUGUCCAAAGUGUUGUGGCGUGCACUGUCCCUAUCCAACGCGAUUAUAUUUUAGAAAUUAAUGUUUGUAUUGUGAUGUAUGCGAAAUCGUGAAUAUAUUUUAAAUGGA